GUGUUGGACUGUUGGGUUGUACUUGUAUUGUAAGUGACUACAAGCCCACAAAAAGAAUCCUUUCAAACCAAAAAAACACAAUCACAAAUUACCAAAUUAUGAAAUCAAACAAAAAACCUCGAUAGAACCCUCAUACUUUUCAGUUCACCGUCAAUGGCUACCUUCGCUGCUGCACGUUCUCUUCUACGUUCCUCUUCUACCACCGCAAGAUCCGCCCUUCCUCGUUUCUCCACCACUAUUAAACCGAAAUCCAAUCCAUUUUCUCACUCCUUUCAACUUCCCAGAAAACCUUCUCGCAUUUUCAGAUCUCCUGUUGAAUUGAGUUGCUGUGUUGAAUCAUUGUUACCUUAUCACACAGCUACGGCUUCUGCUUUGCUCACUUCCAUGCUUUCUGUUGCUCCUUCCGGCUAUGGUUGGACUCCUGAAGAUUGCAAUGAUGACGUAUGAUGAAAAUCAGAUGGUCGUGCAAAGUAUUAUAUACAUGGGCUUGGUGCAUUGGUGAUAUGCUAAGUGUUUUCAAAGAGAUUUGGAGAAGCAGCUCUUAUUUAGUGUUUCAUGUUAAACCAAAAACUAGUAAUACUUGAUGCUACCAUGACUUUUGGAAAUUCAUGUAUCUCUUUACAUUAUCUUUUAGCCUCUUUGUUUGAAUUUGUUGUCAUUUGGUUAUAUGUGCAAUUCUUUUAUGGGUUACAGUGUUUUACCCCUAAUGAUUUUACUGGAUGAUCAAAUUGGUUUUUUUCUUUAGUUCUCUGAGAAAUGAAAUUCAAAUUAUAGCAA